GAUUCAUAUUUCCGAGGCUGUUAUUUGUGUUCUGGACUCAACUGGCUGGGCUAGGCAGUUAGGAAGGACCGAAUAGCAAUCAAGACUGCUCGUACGUAUUUUCUGUAUCAUUGCGCGUUUCAUAUACAAUAACGAUUGUUAUACGAGUCAUAACAAUUGGCGACGGGGAUUCUGAAAAAAAAAUACAGCAGCCGCUGACGUCAUUUUGGAAUUAAAUAAUCCAUAAUAAUUGCCGGUGUUUUUUCUUGGAUUAUUAUUAUUAUUUGCAUUAAAAAAAAUGGCUUUAACUUGCGACCAAUUUCAGUUGCUAAUCCAGCGACAAGAGCAGCGCUUCAGAAAGAGUCAAUUGGAUUUCAUUGACAAAUUACACGCGAAGCUGCUGAAUCACCCAUGCUUUGGGGGUGAAACGGAAGUUGACGCAAUAAUUUCAAAAUUGCGUACAGAGCUGGAAAACGAUUACAGAACUAAUGAAUAUGCCGGCGAAAGCCUCAAUGAAUCCAUACAAAGCAAUAUUUUAAGCGCAGCAGUUAUACAUGAUCAGCCCAGUAACCCAGUACUACCUGUUUCAGAUACAUGCCCUGUACACGGUCCAAGUCUUAUUAAUCCCGAAAACGGACGUGCAAACAAUGAAUUAUCCUAUUCACAGAAAGUAAAUGUCUUGCAAAAUGCUCAUGAAAUUGCUGCAGUACCCGCCCACGAAGAAACGGGAAACAAAUCGAGCAGUAUAUGGAAUACAGUGGCACCAAAUGAAAUUAAUCAUGAUACGGAAAAUGUUUCUAAUGAAUCUAAUGAUCAAAAUUCUGUAAUUGUUCUACCAGAUUUAGAUUAUUUUGAUGAUUCAUAUGUUUCUGUUGAAUUCUCUUAUAAAAAUGAGAGAAAAAUGUCAGAUGUAUUCAAUGAUAAUCAAGAAUCCAAUACAACUCUCAUAGAUACUGAUUAUCCUAAUGAUUCAUUAUCUACUAAUGAGGUUCCGAGGAAAUUCAAGGAAACUAUUUCAGAAGAAUCAAAUGUUGGUGACCUCAAAUCAAAUGUCGUCGAUCCUCAUGAUCUCUUCAGUUCUAAUGCAUUCCCUGUUAAAGGUGACAAACAUAUCGCAUUAAUAGUAACUUGGCUAUAUGAGGAUCCAACAGUCUUUCGUGGGGGAGGGUGAAUUCGAGGAAAUUAAAAAUCCGGAUAUCAACUCCGGAUUUCUCAAAAAGGGGAGGUGUUGUAUCUCCUGGCGAAUUAUGAAUCAUAAAUCUGAUGUCCAUUUAUGGACAAAUGUAAUACGCCUAUUCCUAUUGGAUAGUUGUUAAAUGAGUAACCUAAAUCUGAUGUCUAUUUAUGGACAAAUACAAUAUGCCCAUUCCCUAUUGGAUAGUUGUUAAAUAAGUGACCUAAUCGUUUCCGUGUGGUCCUUUUAUCACAACCUUUGUUUUGACCUUGGAACUAUUAUUAUUGAUUACUUUCCCCCUAGCUACAGCCACAUUGGCCAAUUACUGUACAAAUGUUAUUUUUCUAUUUUUUGGUAUAAUUGGGUCUGUUUUGGUUAGUAUAUAUAACCCAGUGUGCUUGUGAAUAAUGAUUCAUAUUUCCGAGGC